ACGCAUCGCAUACUACUACCACUUGGGCUUUCGUGUUGGUGUGUGUGUGUGGCUGUGCGCGUCGAGGAGAGAGAGAGAGAGAGGAGGAGGAGGAGGAGAGCGGCGGCGGCGAUGGCGGGGAAGGGGUUGAACGCGACGGGGGAGUUCUUCCGGCGGCGGGACGACUGGAGGAGGCACCCGAUGGUGGGGAACCAGCUGCGCCACGCCACGCCGGGGCUCGGCAUCGCCAUCGUCGCCUUCGGGAUCUACCUCGUCGGCGAGGCCGCCUACAACCGCCUCUACCGCCCCUCCGGCGACCACCACCACCACUAGAUCGCGUCGGCGGCCACGCGCGGAGACCCGCGCCGCCUCCCCGAGGUGAAGUGGUUGGAGCAAUCUUUACCAAGCACCAAUGUUGUUGAUCUUUUCCAGUUUGAGUUCAUAAGGUCUGCCAUGAGGCCCAUGACCAUCAUGUAAUUUGCAACCAGGGAGACAUGAAUCAUGUACUUUUAUAUCAAUGUUCUGUGCUUAUAAUCCAGCAUUUGGAAAUUGGAAGUGACACUUAUAAUUCUGAAGUUAUGUGAAUUCUUCCAUGCCCUUGUUUGAAUUA